UUCGCCAAGAAGUAAUAACAUGGAUUGCUUGAAGUCAUAUAUGAUUUUUGCUCUUGUUCUUUUUGUUAUUCUCUAUUCUCAAGUUUUAACGGCAAUUCAAGUGCAUGAUGAGUCUCCUAUUACUGAAUCAAAUCUUUCUCGAAUGGUUGUUAAAUCCACCGAUGAACGGAUCUUAGAAUUUAAGAAGACCUUCAUCCUUUUCAACAACGGAAAAGUUGGUUGUAUUGCUAUCAAAGAAUUUGGAAAUGUAAUGCGGUCGAUCGGUCAUAUCCCAACUAAUGCUGAGUUGCAGGUCAUUAAAAAUGAGGUCGACGUUGGUACCAGUUACGUUGUAGAAAUAUUGAACUGGAUCACAAAAAUGUUCAUUAAGUUUGAUGAGGAUCAUAAUGAUGUCAUAUCUGUAGACGAGUUUCGUCAUUUCGCUACAAAGCUCGACAAGCAUGAGAUGAAUGUCCAAACAGCGAAUGAUGCCGUUGGUGCUUAUGAUAGUGAUAGUGAUGGGAAGCUAAACUUACAUGAGUUUUACAAUAUAGUAAUAGUGAUGAUUAAGGACAGAAAUAAGUUUUUAGGAGUUAAUCGUAAUAGUAAUGGAGAUAGAUCAAAACCACAACCAAAAUCUUAAAAAACAAAGGAAAAAAAGGGAAGGGGCAAAUGAGUUUUUAUGGGAAUUAUUCUAUUUUCAUUAUUAGGACAUGUUUUAUUUGGUCUGUUUAUUUCAUUAUUAUGAGUUUUUUUUUU